UUAUCUUACACUGACUACACGGUCGGAUGGAUCUGUGCCCUGCCACUAGAGAUGGCGGCUUCCAGAGCCAUGAUGGAUGUGGUCCACGAAGAGCUCCCCGCGAAACCGAACGACCAUAAUGCAUACGCCUUCGGGCAGAUCGGUCCUCACAAUGUGGUGAUUGCAUGUUUACCCAAAGGGGAGUAUGGCAUAGCAUCCGCGGCGACGGUAGCUAUGCAGAUGCGGUAUAGUUUCCAUGCCAUCCGGUUUGGCUUGCUGGUGGGCAUCGGCGGUGGGAUCCCCAGUGAGUCUUACGACGUGCGCCUGGGCGAUGUUGUGGUCAGCAAGCCCACGGGGAUAUAUGGGGGUGUGAUCCAGUACGAUUAUGGGAAGGCCUAUAGUGGCCAUUUCGAGCACACAGGGACGAUGAACCGACCGCCUCAGGUCCUUCUGACUGCCCUGGCUAAGCUGGAGGCCAGCCACGAGAUGCAGCGAAGCAAGAUUAGCUGUCUCCUGGCCGAUAUGAGCCAGAGAAACCCCUUUAUGGAAGGCCGAUUUGCUCGUCCGGGGCCUUCGGACCACUUGUUUUCGAUCGACUACAUCCAUGAUGCAUCGGCACAAUCCUGUGAUCAAUGCGAUCUAGCAAGAACAGUCAAACGACCUGCUCGUAUUCAUAGAGACCCCGUGAUUCACUAUGGGUUGAUUGCUUCUGGGAAUCAGGUCGUUAAAGACAGUUGGCUCAGAGACCAAUUAAGGCAGAAGUUCGGGGCUCUAUGUGUAGAGAUGGAGGCUGCAGGGCUGAUGAACAAUUUCCCCUGCAUGGUGAUUCGUGGGAUCUGCGACUACGCAGAUUCGCAUAAGAAUAAAGAUUGGCAGAGGUUUGCGGCGGGAGUUGCGGCGGCCUAUACGAAAGAGCUCCUUCUAGUC